AUGGCGACCCUUACCCUCACGAUCCCCCUCCCAGCCCAUCAACACCCAGCCUCCAGCAAACGUCUCCUCGGGCUACCCCUCGAGCUGCGCAACCUCAUCUACCAUCAUGUCCUCGUCACCGCGCCGAAACACUCCCGCAACCACCACCAGGAUUGCCACUUCCGCCACAACCACACCCGCACCUCCAUCGAGCCCGCCGCCUGCCACGUCCUCGAUCUCGCCGUCAAUUUCAUUCCAGCUCAAGAGCUGUAUCCCUGGGACCGGCCGCUACAGUGCCGCUGCGCAAAGCGCACGACGCUGAACUUCCUUCUCGCAUGCCGCCAAGUCCACCGAGAGGCGGCGCCGAUCUUCUGGUCCACCAACACGUUUGUUUUCGACCACCCGGAUGAGUUCGCGAUCUGUGUCGGCGCGAGGCUGCGCGAGGCGUACCGCCCGCUGUUGAGGCACGUCUACAUCGCCUCGGCGGAUCCCUGGGACACGGACCCGCGAACGUCGAAGAACCUCUUCACCGGCACGAGGAUCAGACAGAGGGGCGGCAUCCCGCGGUGGCUGCAGUUCUGGGGCGUGCUGAAGCAGUGCAAGGGUCUGAGGACGCUGGCCGUCCGGCCCGAGGUCGUGAGGAAGCACGCCGCGGACAUGGCGUCGCUGGGCAAGUCGCUGCCGGAGCUGACGCGGCUCGAGCUGACGUGGGUAGGCAAGUACAAGGACAACGCCGUCUUGUGGGAAAUGGACAGGAGCUUCCGUGCGAGCACAGCGAUCCAGCGGCAUACUGUCUUCGCGCGGGCGGCGCAGGCCGUGGAUUUCCGUGCGAUGGACUUUAGUAAAGGGUGCAAGGACCUCUACCGGAACUUCACGACGAACUUCUGCGUCUAUGUGGAUUCCAUGGUGCGGGAGCGGUUCUUGGGAUGUGACUUGGAGGAGGAAGACCGGAACUGGAUCGAGCUGCACACCGGCAAGGUGGUGGCCGGGCUGGAUGACACCAAGACGUCGUACCGCGUGGAGCUGCCGACAGGGGAGAAGACGCGGUUGACCUUCAUGGCGGUGCCGCAGUCGCAGAAGACGCGGAUGCGACUACGGAAAGCGAGGCUGGCGACAGACGCAGAGUUGAGGGCGCAAGGAAAGCCGACGUCGGCGGAGGAGAGGGUCUUGAAGGAGAUUCAGGGGAGGAGGGCAGCGAACAAGAACAGGGAGGCGGAAGAUGAGAUCCGGGAGAGGGAGCACGUUUUGUGUGAGAGGAGGCGAAGGGCAGAAGACAUGAAGGAAGAAGAGAGGAGGGAGAGGGAGUCCAGGAGGGCAGACCUGGAGAGGGCUGUCGAGGCGGCGAGGGAGGAGAGGAGAGUGGGGAGAAAACGGAUCGUGAAGAGGAGGAGUAUGGAGGAGGAGAUGGGUGAGCUUGCUCUGUGA